AUGUCUGCACACACGUCGCUGUUGGUGGUGUUGAUUAUCGCUCUCGUGCUCGCGGCUCCCGUGUCCGCGUUUGGCGCCGGCGAGGUGCCACCCGCGAGCGAGUUCAAGGGCUAUGUAUGGCGGCACGGAGAUGUGACAGAGGUCCUCAAGUACCUCCCCAUCUCCUUCAUCACGAACUACCGGUUCACGCAGCUGCAGCGCAAGCAGGUCUACUUUGGCAACUGGCUGCGCGACUUCUCCCAGGUCAUCGACACGACAUGUCUGGAAAAUAUCCCUGAGCCCAUACUGAGGGCCAUCGUCUCUGUCUUGGCAUUUAUGGAGUUUGGCUUUGCGACGGACGAGUUUGAUGUCACAAGAGAACGCCUGGGAUGCUACACGCAUGUUGAGCAUAUCGACAACCCCCAGGGUUACGCAGACAACGCGAAGGAUGUAGAUGAACGACUGAGAGGUCCCGUGGACCCCAAGGAACUAGAGUUCGACGAAAAGACAGGAAUGAAGAACUACAUCGCGAAUAGAGGUCAAGGCUGGGCAACGUCGGCAGAUUAUGUUCACGAGCAGUUAGAGCUGUGCAUUGAGUCUGGUAGAAAAGGCCGAAAGAAGAAUCCGCGCGCAGCCAAGGACUCACUGAGGCAUCUCGGUGCUGCGCUGCACACCCUGGAGGACUUCUCGGCCCACAGCAACUUUACGGAGCUGUGCCUGCACGAACUUGGAGAAGACGGUGUGUUUCCUUUCGUGGGAGACGCGUGCCGUAUCAAGACGCCCGGUAUUAAGGGCAAGAAGGUGGCACCCAUCGUUACAGGGACAUUCGGCAUGCUAGACAUCUUCCAUAGCCUUCUCGGCGAGGCAGAUGAUAUGGCGAUACUGCAGUCCAAGGGCACUCUAGGCUCGCUAGAGGAGAAACUGGGAUAUGGCGGUCCGGCCUUCGAGCAGCUUUUCGAGCUUAUCAGGAAAGGUAUUGAGGCGGUCAACAAAUUAUCUCCCGAUACCAGUUCUCUCCUGCAGCAGCUUGACACGGUUUCUGCCAUCUUCAAGAAGGCCCAGGAAGGCAAAUCGCUGUCAGAGUCGGACUCGGACUCAUCGGGACCAGGAGCAGAAGGCAUCACCAACCCGAACUUCCUCUGGCAGACGAUCGAGCCCAUCUUCUAUCUCCACGAUAGGAUGAGGAAAUGGCUCCAUGAAGGGACCGAAGAAGUGGAUGAGUCAACUACGGAUAUCUCGAGUAAUCAGCUUGGCGACUACACCAACCAGCUAGUCUUUCGCUUCCUAGCUGUUAUGAUUGAGUCUUCAGUUAAAGAACUGCGGAACGCUGUCAAAGCUGCCAAGGACAGAGUAGACCAAGAGGCUGCCAAGGCAAGCUCGGCUGCUGUUUAUGAGGACAACUCGGAUGCAUCCGAUCCGAGCCAUUCUGAUCUCUCGAAAGACCACUUCAGCAACGUCCUCAAUCAGCCGGCAGGCUUGGUUGCCACCGUUACAACCAACUGGACGGUGCAGCAGGUGGUCAAAUGCUGGGACGACCCGAAAAUAGACGCCGAGAAAGUCAUCGAGGAGAUCUUAUCAAUCAUGCACCACCCAGCCUUUCCCAAGAACAAGACUUCGAUCCAGCAAUACAUGUUUGACACGAUAAAGAACUGGUGGGAACAGAACCCGCCAGAAGAGAAGGAUAGACUUCGCUCCAAGCUCACCAAGGAGAGCGUCAGGAACCGGGAUCACGAGGAUCACAACUUGACUCUGAAAGACCUGCUGAUCACAGGCAAGCCACGUGGAGCGGCCUCGUUCCCGGGCUCUCAGCCAGAGGUGCGGCAACCGCCCAAGAAGGCUUCGUUUCCUCUGACCUGGGCCAUCAACGAGAUCACGGGGGAUAUCAACUGGGUUUUUGUCACUGCCAAGAAGAGCUUGUCCGACCCCUUCGGAGCUAUGGGUGAUGUGGUGAAGGGCUCCGGGAGCCUGGUCACUAGAACAACCCACGCAGUAGUGACAGCCCCUCGAUGGUUCGCCGGCAAAGUCGGGCAGUUUGCCAGGAAGCUGUGGCCAUUUGGCGGCUAA